AUGUCUGCCCAUAGAACCAAGGGCAUCGGUAGCGUCGUGCACGUUGAGGAUGCCGCGGUGCAGUUUGUCCCACUGCAUCUGCAGCUGUCCACCCGUGGUGGUGCAGGUGUGGCGACAGCAGAUGAGCAUCUCUACGGACCCCAUACGAGCACCAUACGCGUGAAUCCAUACGUACGCUGCGUGCACGACAGCGGGGUACCGAAGAUUCGCUCCCUCCAGGAGCUCCUCACGCAGAAGGUUCAGCCGACUCCCGCAGAGCCAGAUACGCCGUGCCUUCGACCGAGUCACGGGCCCGCAGAGGCGUGGGCGCAGUCGCCAGAGUUGUCGAGUUUCAACGACAGACAUGUGACGAUGACGUCGGCGCAUUGCCAGAUUGCGUCUCAGUGCCACAGUGACCCCCCAUUCUCUGGUGCUCCUGCGGCAUGCAAUCCGUCGCCGGAGCUCUUCUUCACCGCCGACAGCGUCGCUACGCCAAACACGUUUGCCACAGUCAAGACUCACGAGAUGCGCAUCUUGUCCCGCCUCACGAAGCGCCUACGGUGGUCAGAGCGGCAUCAGGAUAUGCCCUGUGGUGAGCCGAUGGAGAUGCUGCUAGUGGAGGUCGGCGGAGAUGAGGACGAAGACGCUGAGGAAGUGACGGAGGAUAAGGACGCUGAUGUGAUUGAUGUUGUUCGCACUGAUUCUCUAGACACACUCACACCGUUCCCAGGGGACCUUUUCCAGCAGCAAGAUGAAGCUGGCGUACAGUUCCUGCCCUGCACCACUCGUGAGAAGGCAGAGGCGGCCGCGCGGGAAGGCGCCGUUGGCUGCGCCGCGGGGGAGGAAGCUCUGCGGCCCUUCGCCGUGGUCUCCAGUUUAGCGGCGAAGUCGAGUUUAUCCCCACGGCAGGUGUUGCACUCGAGCGAGCGCAUCGCUUCGUCCCACUCGUCCACCGGUGUCUGUUGUGCUUUUGCCAGAGACCCCACGCCUGCUGACGGAGAGAAAUCUCACGUCACUGACGUCAAACACGCCGGCUACAGCGAUACCUCAUCGCGCCAUUGCCACUACACCCGUGAGCCGCAGCGGGAGCAUUCACAGUCUGCUGUUGUGGCGCUGCGCACUAUGUACCCUGCUCCGGUGGCGAGGCUGGAGGAGAGCCCGUACCACUACAUCAUGCGCAACUACGUUGGCGGCACGUUUCUCUAUUACCGCACGCCGGAGAGCAAGGGCUACUUUUUGCGGCUGUGCCACCGCGUCGUGGCCCAGGUGCGGCCGCUGCUAGAGCAGGAAACGCUCUCGCCCCACCAUGGCCUCUUCCCUCGCAUCAACGCACCGGCCUUUGUCUUCGGCGACAUCCACGGCAACUUCGAGGACUUGUCCUUCUUCCUGAAGCGGCUACUGAUUUUUCACGACUUCAACCUCACCCCAGCCAACAUCUUGUGCCUCGGCGACUACGUUGAUCGUGGCCCCUUCUCGCUGGAGUGCGUCAUGCUUCUCUUCUCGCUCAAGAUCAUGAACGCCUCGAAGAUAGUCAUGCUUCGUGGCAACCACGAGGACCGCGUUGUCUGCGGUGAUCUGCGCACCUACGGUCAUAGCUGCUUCCUGGCUCAGUGCCACACUGUCUUCGGCUACACAGAGGGAACGAAGCUCUUCCGGGAGGUGACGGCACUGUUCAAAUACCUCCCGCUGGCAGCGGAGCUGGUGAUUCCGAGCGCACCAAAUUUGUCGUUCCUGCGGUCGCAGCAGACCGUGAUGCACCCGAACCUGUACGUGAGUCAGCCAGCGUUGCUGCUCCAUGACGGAGAUAGAACCAGGCAGGCUCGCUCAGCGUCGUCGCUGGCGCCUGACUCGGCAACGCGAAUGCCUUCAUUCGACUCGAAGCCCUUCUGCACGCCGCACCGCAACGGCGAGGUGGCUAGCGGCGACAAGGAAAGUGCCGACGCAUUGUUCCAGAACUCUGCCAGCGCGGCGGCGGCGUCCCCGCUGCCGACCGGCUACAGCACGAUUGCGGACGCCUCUCUAGCAUAUGGGCAGCCGUCUCGGCAUGAGGCGCACGAGGAGCGCAUUUUGUGUGCCCACGGUGGCAUCCCCCGCUUUGACUGUUCGCCGCUGGUGGAGAACGCGCUCGCCUUUCUGCGCAGUCUCUCCUUUCCCCGCAUGCUCACGUUGUUCCCGAACAACCCGGCCGUGAAGGAUGACGUCGAGUGCAUGCCGGACUACUUUGUGAAGCAGGAGCUGGAGGCACUAUGGCGCCGCUACCCGUCCGCUGCCCCACCCGGCUUUACAGCAGCGUGCCGACGCGAGGACGCAGAGGCCGCUGCCGCUGCUGGUGUUGCCACUACCACUACCCUGAGUGUGUCUCCCUCCUCGGAGGCUUUGUCUUCUACCUCGAAUCGGUGUAGGAUGAAGAGUAGCAGCAGUGUGGGCAGAAGUGCGGGCGACCACGAAAUUGCCGCAGCCGCAGCGCGACCAGAGGCGGAGACAUUGUCCCGCACCUCAUUGUGCUCGGUGGCGUCCUCCUUGUCCUCGACGACGAGGUCGCCGUCUGCGCUGCGCAGUGAGCAGGAGCGGUGCCAGGGCCACAAGUCGCUGACGGUUGCGCGCCGCAGCAGCGACUUUUUGCCGCAGCUGACCGAGGGCGACGUGCGCAAGGGCUGGUACAUCAUGUUUGACUUGCUCUGGUCGGACCCCACCUCGAUGGAGCUGGAAAAGGAGGCAGCACGCGCGGACUGGGAGGUUUCCCGGGACGCUGGGGCCGUGCAAGACACCGCUGGCGCCACCGCUAGAAGGCCAACAGCCCACAUGCACGUCAACGAGUGGGGCUUCACUGUCAACACCCGCGGCAGCAACGUGGUCUCCUUCUCUGCCAAGGCAGUCGACACGUUCCUCACUGCGUACCACUACUCCAUGCUCUUCCGCGCUCAUCAGGAGAAGGCGCAUGGGCUGCGGUGGAGUAAGAGCAACAAAGUGCUUACCAUCUUUAGCAGCAGCAACUACAUGGGCCACCGUAACGGUGCUGGAUGCGUCGUUGUCGCCGCGAACGGCGAGGUGCAGAUGAUUGAGAAGGUGGUAACCAUGUAA